ACAACAACUGGUGAGAUGUCAUUUUUUAUAGAGAACAAGUGUGUGUUUUUGCAGAGAAACUUACAAGCAAAUAUUUAAAAAGAAGAGACUGGGUGAAACAUAAAAGAACAGGUGAUAUAUCUCUCUUCUCGUUAGAGCAAUGCAGGCAUGGGGCGAUGCACUUAAAUGCUCUGUUAGUGAUGUGUGUAUGCGUGUGUGUGAGAGAGAGAGAGAGAGAGGGACAGGGAAAGAGUCAUUCCACUAUCACCAGCAGAUGAACACAGGUAAACAGCGUCACACAAGGGACACUCUGUGCUCAACAAACACGACCCCUGGAUUUCAACAGUUCAGUGUUUGUCUUCUUUUUUACCUAUAGAGCACUGAAGUAAUACAGCACUAACAGUAACUGCAGUGACAGUGACAGUGAUAAACGACACUGUAAUUUCAGCUAAAUAACAUAGUCAAAUGUUUUGGGUUAAGACAGGAUGUCAGCUGUUUGUAUCACAAUGGAGGCCUGCAGCAGAGGUUGUUAUAACCCUGGCGGAGAAAGAUUGUUAGGUGAUUAAAGGGCAAAUUCAAAUGAUGCAAGAGGAAUAAUUUGCCCCAAACUCCACUAGCUGACAUUUUCUCUUUCUUCUCCAAACAGUUUAAUGUGAGGGAAUUAUCUUUUUAGCCCAACAGGUAGGCUGAGAUACCGUUCGCAGCUUUAGAUUCUGACCCCCAUUCAUUCAUCAACAGCAGAGGGCAAAGAGCAAUCAGUCUUAACACACAACUCAUCCACAAAUUGGACUCUUAAUUAUUAGUGUAGCUUGAUUUAGAAGCAAUCAGUGACUCCUAUGAAAGGGGGUUUUUUUUAUGAGGAUUUAUGUGAGAUAAUAAAUGAGCGAUAAUGUUUAAUACACUCGUGAAAGUAGUUUAGUUUUUGAGUUGUGGGAGAUGUCGGGUCUGUCAGUGGGGCAGUAGGUCUAUGGCAGUGUGCCUCUCAUAAAGAUGACACAGGCUUCAAAUCCCAAUCAGAAAACUUCUGUAAAAGAAGUCUUUGUAGGUGACCUCUGACCUUCAAGUAGUGAAAAGGAAUCAAAACUAAUGCCAUUUGUUGGACUUGCAAAACAUCAUGUGAGCAUACAAUUGGUGAAUAAAUGGCAAAUAGAUGAAAUCUAUUUUCUUUCUCUGUAAUCCUAUAGAACAGUAAGCCAAUAUUAUUACAUAACUUCCCUCUGAACAUAGCUACUGUAUUCCCUGAGACAAAAUGUCACCAUGUAAUCACCUAAAUCCCUAAAAGAGUAGUCUAUGAAAAACAUUGACUGCAUAUCUAUCAAGUCUCUCUCUCUCUCUCUCUCUCUCUCUCUCUCUCUCUCUCUCUUUGAGUCUGUCGCAUCCCAUAACAGUCCGCGUGCAGUUAUAGUCACCAUCGCAGAGCCCAUCCCGGCCUGUGAGAGGCAUCUGCAUUCUCGGGCACAUGGGUUCUCACAUGGUCUGCCUGCGGAUGCUGAUGUCGACUGCUGCGGCUGUGAUGCUGCUGCCUACCCGCCCCAUCCGCCCGUCCAUUCACAGCAUCCACACUGAGGGAGCACCGGGCGCUGCUGUAGCCUAUAGAGGAGACCAGCUGCAGUCUGAAUGAGACAAAUGGUGCCUCCAUUGACAUCACGAAUUUGUUUUGUUUGGGAUAAAUAAAGCUUCGUGGAUGUGUGAUGUGAGGCAGGGCCGCUAAAAGAGAGACACCCUGCAUGCGCAUCACGGUGCCAGAUGGACUUUCUAAAUCCGCAAGCCGCAGUUAUAGCCAAGUAAAAUGGAGGAUAGUUUCGAUUGCGACUGUGGCGAACUUGAGCCACCUGAUCAUUGAGGGUGAAAAAUUACUUUGAAGACUUAAAGGCCAGACUCAUUUCAGUUUAGUUUUAAUCAGGUGACUUUGACAGGUGAAAAUUAUACAGACGGAUAAAUAAAUACAAAAAAAAAAACAACAACAAAAAAAGUAAACACAAAAGUGCAUUUUGGCACAUUUCAUAUAUGAAGCUGCUCAGGACCAGUCAUACACUGAAUGUACCUGCACUGUGAGGAUGCAACUACUUGCUUUUAGAGUUUAAUUUAGUUCAAGUGCUUUUUUAAAUUGGCCUCAACAUCCAUUCCAUUGAAGUCUAUAAACACUAGUUUACCAACAGUUUUCUCUCCUUACUCAACAUGGAAAGAAAGUUUGACUACACAACAGAGCCCUGCAUCUGACAGUGACAGCUCGAUAGGGGUCGGCAGGGAGGGGGGAUUUGGUAGUCAUCUGUACAGGGGUCAGUUAGCUCAGUGUCCGAUAGCUUAUCUAUCAGAUCAAUUCUGUUGUCGUAAGCGUUGGACCUGAACAAGCGAGAGACCAAACAUUUUAAGCUUGGUGUCAAAGCCAAAAGCAGUCAUCAUGGCAGAGAAGUUUGAGUCAUUGAUGAACAUCCAUGGCUUCGACCUGGGUUCUCGCUACAUGGACUUGAAGCCUCUGGGCUACGGAGGAAACGGCCUGGUGUUCUCCGCGGUUGACACAGACUGUGACAAGCGUGUAGCUGUGAAGAAAAUUAUCUUGACCGAUCCCCAGAGUGUGAAGCACGCCCUGCGGGAAAUCAAGAUUAUCAGACGCCUUGAUCAUGACAACAUAGUCAAGGUGUUUGAGACAUUGGGCCCCAAUGGUCGCAGGCUAACCGAGGACGUGGUGUCCCUGACAGAGGUGAAUUCGGUCUACAUUGUGCAAGAGUACAUGGAGACUGACCUCUGUCAGCUGCUGGAGAGAGGCCUUCUGUCUGAGGGCCACGCCAGGCUCUUUAUGUACCAGCUCCUCAGGGGCCUCAAGUACAUCCACUCCGCUAAUGUGCUGCACCGGGACCUCAAGCCGGCUAACCUGUUUGUCAACACAGAGGACCUGGUACUGAAGAUCGGGGAUUUUGGUCUAGCCCGCAUCAUGGACCCCCAUUACUCUCACAAGGGCCAUCUCUCUGAAGGUUUGGUCACCAAGUGGUACAGAUCUCCUCGCCUGCUGCUCUCUCCAAACAACUACACCAAAGCCAUCGACAUGUGGGCCGCCGGCUGCAUCUUUGCUGAGAUGCUCACAGGGAAAACCCUGUUUGCAGGGGCCCACGAACUGGAGCAGAUGCAGCUGAUCCUGGAGUCCAUCCCCGUACUGCGAGAGGAAGACCGGCAGGAACUCCACAGCGUAAUCCCCGUCUUCAUUCGCAACGACAUGUCCAAGCCUCACACACCGCUUGCUAAGCUGCUGCCUGAAGUCAGUCCUCAGGCCCUGGAUUUCCUGGAGAAGAUUCUGACCUUUAACCCCAUGGAUCGUUUGACUGCGGAGGAGGCCCUGGCUCACCCCUAUAUGGCUGACUACUCCUUCCCCCUGGACGAACCUGUCUCUCUGCACCCCUUCCAUAUCGAGGACGAAGUAGAUGAUAUCCUGCUCAUGGACCAGAGCCACAGUCACACUUGGGACAGGUAUCAUGAGAGCCAGCUGUCAGAGGCAGACUGGCACUUGCACAGCACCCAUGACCCAGAUGAAGUUCAGGUGGACCCGAGGGCCCUCUCCGAUGUAACAGAUGAGGAAGAAGUUCAGGUGGAUCCUCGUAAAUAUGCUGAUGGAGAUCGGGAAAAGUUCCUGGAUGAGCCGUCCUUCGACUACUCCACUCUGUUCCCGCCAGAGCGAUCCUGGCAGGAGGACCAUCACGAGAAUAAAUACUGUGACCUGCAGUGUAGCCACACCUGUAACUACAAGGCCGUGUCCCCCUCCUACCUGGACAACCUCAUCUGGAGGGACAGCGAGGUCAACCACUACUACGAACCCAAGCUCAUCAUCGACCUCUCCAACUGGAAGGAGCAGCAGAGCAAGGAGAAGGCUGACCGUAAGGCCAAGAGCAAGUGCGAGAAGAAUGGGCUGGUGAAGGCACAGAUCGCACUGAAGGAGGCCGAGAAUACCCAGAGUCCAGUGGAGAAGGACCGAGAGCAGGAGAAACAUCAGACACAGCCCCAAAGCCAGCAGAACCAAGGCUUUGACUUUGACUCCUUCAUCGCCAGUACAAUUAAACUGAGCCUGCAGCCGGAGCCGUGUCAGGAGGCGGCCCUGCUGAGCGAGGUUGGCCUGCUGAACGAGCUCAACUCUUCUGUCUCCCAGCUGGACGCUUCCCGCUCAGGCUCCAUGUCCAAGUCCAUAAGUCAGGAGAAAGAGGAGAAGUGCCUGGUUAACCUUGCCCAGUUAGGCAGCGGAGGAGUGCUGGGAGUCAGCAGCGACGGCGCCUGGCCCGCUCACCCCUGGGAGAGCUUCGGCUCCGGGGAGAGAGCCAGCGAGAACGGCUGUUUGAUAGACGAAGCAUGCUGGGAUAUUCGCAAAGAGGACCACUUCCAGAAGGAGAGCACUUACACCAGCUACCUGGACCGCCUGUUCAGUCGGAAGGAAGAAGGGGUCGGAGAGACCGUGGCCAGUCCGGAGAUGGAGCCCUCAGAGGGGAGGGAGAGAGAGUUGGACGAGAGCUUCCUCGGCAGAAGCACAGAGAUAGUGUUCAAUAUGCAGCUGGACUCUCUGGCCCUGCCCGGCUUUGACAGCACCGAUGACUUGCCUCUAAAAUCCAUCCAGGCGUCCCUCACCCCCUGCGCUGUCAAAUGCUCCCCACAGAUUGCCCACAAAACAUACAGCAGCAUCUUCAAGCAUCUUAAUUAAAGAAAUAUAUAUCCUCCCUCACAGUGCAAAAUCUAGACAGAUUUGUUUUUAUGUUGUUUUUUUAAUAAUAUGGUAUAUUAUUGUACUUGAAUCAUUUCAUACCUUUUUUUAUUACAGUUACUUUAAAAAAUGUUUUUUUGUUUUUUUAAGAGUUGAGAUGGGUGAUUUAUUAUAUUUAAGGAGUUUUGGUCAUCACUCUGAGCCUUGAUCACCAGGCCUUCAUGGGUUAAUGUCUACGCCCUCAUUGCUAAACUGGCAUGUCAUGCACACACUUAUGUACUGUAGAUGAACAGAGAGUGGGAGAGAAGUCGAUAGAAGAAAGAUGGAUGGGCGGAAAGCGUUAAAAAGAGGAUGUUUGGCUGUUGGGUGCGACAUGAAGAAGGAUGGUAGACGAUAACAUGGCUUUUAAAGUGCUUUCAAACAGCCUCUCCUGGGACGGGAUACACAAGGAAAAAAGGGGGGGAUGGGUUGUCUUGUUUUUGUUUUCUUUCUUUUCCGAUUAUGACUUUAUAACAUUUUUUUCCCAAAAGAAAGCUUCCUUUAUAACCCUUUCAUACUGUAAAUCUGACACAUGAUGCCAGCAGCAACCAUUAUCGUAGGCGUUAAUGUAAAUGUGUUAUCUACCUCAAGGUAACAGCCGCGAGAGACACUCGAAGCCGCACUAGUGCUUUACACACAUGACCAUCCUCAUACCAUGAAAUGAAGUGGUCGCGUAGAUGAAAUCUGUCUCACUUUAGCAUUUAACAUAGUAAGGUGUUUCAGUAAUCAUUAUUUAUUUCUAGCAGAUGUGCGAUAUUUAUUUUAUCAAAAAAAUGUGUUAUUUCAAUGUGAUUGUUGAAGAUCGAGGAGUUGGACAGACUUCCAUUUUCCUUUCGGCACUAUAUGGGCGUGUAAGUGUUCCUUUUGUUUUUAUGGUAGGAUGCAAAAUUCAUCUGUUUGUUCUAAAAAGAAGUUGAGGCUUUCCAUUUUUCCAUCAAUAUUGUCCUAAUGGAUAUCAUUCUUUUUGUUAUUUUUAUUUAUAGGUGCAUUCUGUCUUUAGUGGAAAAAAACUGCUUUAUGGUUUAAAGAAGCACCUAAAAGUCUUAAUUUUUUAUCUAAAUGUAAUGUAAAAAAAAUUGCGUGCAUGGAGGUAAGAGAAAGGUACAUUAAAAGUAAAGUUAAUGGUGAGUAUAAUGUACGUCAGUUUUAAUUGUACGUUUUUUGUUAAAUUUAUAUGUACUUUUUCCAGGCAAGCAUGACGAAUUAGGUUAAGGUGUAGCAUGUAGAACACAUAUGAACUUUUUUUUUUUUUUUUUUUUGUAAUCAUUGGUUCCCCUGUUCUACAAAAUAUCUCAAAAUAAAAUUACUGGCAAAGAG